AUGACACUUCGUGUUUCAACUAAUAACUUUGUUAAUUCUUCCUUGUUACUGAAUGGUUUGCCUAGCUUAAGUAAUCUUCGUUUGCUUGAUGUUAGUAAUUGCAAUAUUUCUGCUCCAAUUCUUGGCACCUUACAUAACUUGUCAUUGAUUGUUCAUAUUGACUUAUCGUAUAAUGGAAUGGUUGAGGAGUUACCUAAAUCUUUAAGUAACCUUUGCAAUUUGGUUACCUUUAAUCUGCAAUCAAACUUCUUCGUCGGAAAUGCAUCCGAACUUCUUGAAAGAUUUUGUGAAUGUGAGUCACCUAAAAUAAAAUUUUUAUCCUUAACCGACAAUAAAUUGGUUGGCCAACUACCUGAAAAGCUAGGAAGAUUGAAGAAUCUUGUAAGCUUGGAUCUUGCUUACAAUAAGUUAACAGGGAACAUUCCAGAUUCUGUAGGAUGUUUGUCUCUCUUGAUUACAUUACAGAUGAAUGUGAAUCAACUCACAGGUUCUAUUCCAGAUACCAUUGGUGGUUUGUCAUCGUUGAAUUACUUGGAUAUGUCGUAUAACAAGCUGAAUGGAAGUUUUCCUGAGAGUAUUGGGCGACUUGGGGAACUAGAAUUUCUAACUGUUCAUCACAAUUCAUUAACAGGUAUUGUGACCGAAAACUACUUCUCCAAUCUAACAUCCUUAACAACUUUGUGGAUUGGGGACAACAAGUUAGUGUUGAACUUCAAAGUUAAAAACUGGAUUCCGCCUUUCCAGCUCAAAGUUUUGAGAAUAGGUUCUUGCAAUUUAGGCCCUCAUUUUCCGUUGUGGAUUCAGUCGCAAACAAGCCUAACAGAACUAGAUUUAGCAAACACAAACAUAUCAGACACCAUCCCCAAUUGGAUUUGGACUACAUUUUCUAGUGUAACAUUCUUGAAUAUAUCCCACAACAACAUUCAAGGAAAGUUGGGAAAUGUUAGUUUUCUUGCACCAGGUGCUCUACUAGAUCUAAGUUUCAACCAUUUUCAUGGUGUUCUACCUGGUCAUUUCAAUAGACCCCAGUUAGAUUUUCUUGAUCUUUCAUCCAAUAGUCUCUCGGGAUCUCUGGAACAGUUCUUGUGUUCUGGCAUUCAAGAAUCGCAGCCGUUGAGAGUUCUUGAUCUAGGGAACAAUAACAUGUCAGGUGUUAUCUCAGAUUGUUGGAUGAAUUGGGAUUUUCUAGUCAUUCUAAACCUAGAGAAAAAUCAAUUUUCUGGUAUAAUUCCAUCCUCUAUAGGGAAUAUUUCUUCCCUAUUAUCAUUGGAUAUGCGUCAUAACAAACUAUCUGGGAACUUGCCAAUGUCGUUAUUGAACUCCAAGAGCUUGACGAUCAUUGAGCUAGCAGAAAAUGAGCUGGUGGGAGGAAUACCAACAUCAAUAGGGAGAGGCCAUACAAGUCUAAAACUUCUAAACCUUCGUUCUAACAAAUUGGAGGGUAAAAUCCCUUAUGAGAUAUGUAAUCUCAGCUCUAUACAGAUCAUGGAUCUCGCUCAUAAUGAUCUUUCUGGGAAUCUACCGACAUGCUUUAAAAACCUCACUGUCAUUUCUGGAAGGGAGACAUCAGGUCCAACUUUCCUGGUGGGAGGAAAGUUGGGAAAUGUUAGUUUUCUUGCACCAGGUGCUCUACUAUAUGACACUCUUUUCCAGAACCAAGUUCUAGGCAGUGCAUCAUUGGUGACAAAGGGUCGAGUUGCUACAUAUGAUAACAUUCUUUAUCUAGUGACUACAUUAGACUUUUCAAAUAACAAGUUUUCGGGGUCAGUACCUGAUGAACUUGUUUCACUUUUGGGUUUACGAUACCUUAAUCUGUCAAAAAACAAUUUAAAGGGACAAAUUCCCAACUCGUUUAACAACACUGGGAAGUUUGAAUCUAUAGAUCUUUCAGUAAACCAUCUUAAGGGAAAAUUUCCAUCUAGCUUAUCAGCGUUAACUUCUUUAAGCUUCUUGGACGUAUCGUACAACAAUCUUGUAGGAAGAAUCCCGAAAGGUCCUCAGCUUCAGACCUUCAAUGCAUCGAGUUUCAUUGGAAAUGAGCUUUGUGGAGAUCCUCUUCCAGAAUGCUUACAAAAUACUGACGAUCCCAGUGGAACAAACGACGAAAAUGAUGAAUCUAUUGGCAUUGAUUGGAUCCUAGUGAUAUGUACACUCAUUGGAUUGGUUAUUGGUUUUUGGAUGGUAAUUGCCCCGCUGAUUGCUAGCAAAAGAUGGAGAGAUGUAUAUUAUCGUUUUCUCGAAGGGAUCUGGAUCAGGCUUCAAAAUUUCACUCUAAUCAUAUUCCCAUGCCCCACUCAACUCACACACUACACACACAAUUUGGAUGAGAAUCUGUUGUGUAUUGAACUUUCAACAAGAUUACAACUAAAAGAAGAGUUAUAA